GCUGCCGGCAGCUCUUGACCCGGAAUCGGAUCCUAGUCCCACCCCCUCCGCUCCAGGCUUCCUUCUGCAACAGGCGUGGGUCGCGCUAUCGCUCGCUCUCUUUCUGCCGCCAUCUUGGUUCCGCGUUCCCUGCACAAAAUGCCCGGCGAAGCCACAGAAACCGUCCCUGCUACAGAGCAGGAGUUGCCGCAGCCCCAGGCUGAGACAGGGUCUGGAACAGAAUCUGACAGUGAUGAAUCAGUACCAGAGCUUGAAGAACAGGAUUCCACCCAGGCAACCACACAACAAGCCCAGCUGGCGGCAGCAGCUGAAAUUGAUGAAGAACCAGUCAGUAAAGCAAAACAGAGUCGGAGUGAAAAGAAGGCACGGAAGGCUAUGUCCAAACUGGGUCUUCGACAGGUUACAGGAGUUACUAGAGUCACUAUCCGGAAAUCUAAGAAUAUCCUCUUUGUCAUCACAAAACCAGAUGUCUACAAGAGCCCUGCUUCGGAUACUUACAUAGUUUUUGGGGAAGCCAAGAUCGAAGAUUUAUCCCAGCAAGCACAACUAGCAGCUGCUGAGAAAUUCAAAGUUCAAGGUGAAGCUGUCUCAAACAUUCAAGAAAACACACAGACUCCAACUGUACAAGAGGAGAGUGAAGAGGAAGAGGUCGAUGAAACAGGUGUAGAAGUUAAGGACAUAGAAUUGGUCAUGUCACAAGCAAAUGUGUCGAGAGCAAAGGCAGUCCGAGCCCUGAAGAACAACAGUAAUGAUAUUGUAAAUGCGAUUAUGGUAAGUGUUCAAGCCUUUGUUCCUUGACUCCCUCUGCCCUGACCAGUUAUGAGUGACUUAUUUUCUCUUGCUAAAUAUCAGCCAAUUAGGGAACCUCAUUCCAGAGCCUCUUCUGAGUUGCCGUAUAGGUUUUAGUGGCCUAAGUUCUCCUGAUUUGCCUGUAAGAGUUUUAGUGACCUGAAUUCUCCUGAUUUGCCUAUAAGAACUGCUAAUUAUCUUUUCUCUAUUACAGGAAUUAACAAUGUAACCAUCUGAAAGGAACUUUUUUUGGUGUCUCAAAGGAGUAACUGCAGCUUGGUUUGAAAUUUGUACUGUUUCUAUCAUAAAUAAAGUUAUGGCUUCUUGUUGGAUGAACUCA